AUGCGGCCUUCCGCUGGGGUGAGACGAGGGAGGAGAGGGUUGAGCACGGACGCGUGCGCGGCGCUGGGCGAAGCCGGGAGAGAGGAAGACGAGGAGCGAAGAGCCGAGGGCGGUGGUCCGUCGGGGCUUUUGGCAGAGCGGGCGGGCGGGCGCCGGGCGGGCCGUGAAAUAAUCCAGCAACGGCCGGGCCAUCCUCUGUUUUUUUUUAAAAAUCCACCUCCGCUCCCCGCCCCACUCCUAGCACCGAUCCCCGUCCCUACGACGCGCCGGCGGCGAUGGGCAUCCCGGCGAUCACCACGCGCCUCGGCGUCUCGGGGUCCCGCACCGGCGCACCGUCAUCCACAAGGCCGGCGAGCUUCGUCGCCUCUACGACGUCAACUUCGACUCUUCUGUCCUCGGCAUGGGCGAGGUCUACAAGGCCAUCAUCUGCCUGGAGAUCGCUGCGUCCAGUUCCUGGUGAUAUUUGAACGUGCGGAGGCUGUGCACAUGAGCGGGAUUUCUGAGAAGGCGUACAUCAGAUCAUCUAAUGCUGGUCAACUGUUCGAUGAAUUGCCCGUGAUGACUUUACAUGUGUGUGAAUUGGGCAUCCAGUUUGGUUGUGUCAGGUUGAUGCCUUUUGUUCACAAGGGAUUAUCGAUGUAAGUCUUCUCUCAUGGCAGUCGAAUUGCACUUGCAUCAAUAUUUGAGGGCUUAUUGAUUGUGAAUUUUUUUCUUGAAACCAUGAA